GGCGUCACGGUGCGGGGCGCCCGGGCUGGGCGGCCACAGGUGGGCACGCUGCCCCGGGCCAGGGCUGCGCGGAGCUUCCGACUCCGCACCCCCAACCCCCGCGCCCUCCGUCUAGGAGAGGGCGGGCAGGCUCCCGUGGGGGCUUCCCGGAGCCGCAGGAGGAGCCCUUUGUGACGGGGCCAUGCGCGCCCCCCGGGGAAGCGGGGGCCCGGGCCGGCCGGGAGAUGCGCGCGGGAGGGGAGGGGGCCGGGGGCCGCGGGGGGCUGCUGCCCUCCGCCGCCCGGGCGCUUGGCACGAGCCCCGGCCCCGCCCCUCCUCCGUGCAAGCCGUCCCCCAGCCCCAGCCCCAGUCCCCUCCGUCUCCGUGUCUUGCGCAGGGUCCGUUCCUCCGGGGUGGCCCACGGCCCUCGCCAAAGCACGCGGAGCUGCAGACACCGCAACAUCUCCCCAAGGCUCGGAAUAGGAGGGUGCUAUUCCGCACAGCAUGGAAGUGUGUCCUUACUGCAAGAAGCCGUUCAAGCGGUUGAAGUCCCACUUGCCGCACUGUAAGAAGAUCAGAGCCCCUGGCCGUGAGGACCAGAAAGCGCUUCCGCCCGAACCAGCUCCACGCGCAAGUGCCAAAAAGACGAAAGGGCCCGUCCAGGAGGAGAAGGAGCCGGGAGUGGGAGUCGGGGGACCGAGCGCCCAGAUGACGAGGGGCACGCCGGGAAGCCCCUUCCAGCCGCUCCCUCCGCGAGAGGUCAGCGUGGGAGGCCCAGGUUCCAGCGAGGCAGGUGGCGACAUCAGGAACCCGGCCCCGGGCUCCCUCCGAGUGUCGGGAAACGCCGCGCCCACAGCAGCGGGCGGCGCCCCCCGGACCCCGAGAGCCGGGCGACAACGGGGAAGCGAGCCGGCGCGCACGGAAGCAGCCUCGCCCCGGGGCCCCGGGGGACCCUCCCCGCCCCAGCCGGAGAGAAGCUGCCCCUCGGCCUCAGCUGAGAACGUGGAGGCCGCCUCGGCCCGUUUCGGUGCGGACAGACCGGCUCCCUCUGGACAGACGCUUCCGGGGAGAGCGCCCGGGACCCCGAGGGGUGACUCCCGCAGUUCCACCACCGGUCUCGGCCCCGAGGGCCAGCCCAGGGCCAGCGAGCACAUCUCACGUGUGUCCCCAGGCGUGGCCGCUUCUGAGACUCGGGCACUGGCCCCGGGACCGCCGAGCCUCCGUCUCCGUCUGCGAGGGAGCCCGAGCGAGGCCAAGCCGGGCCAGGAGGCCCCAGGCCCCGGACCCCCCCUUGGUGGAGGGGCCUGCGGGGGCACAGGCAAGGCCGGGGAGAGCGUGGCGGUAGCGCGGGUGUCCGCGAGUGGUCACUCCAAGAAGGACCUUCUGGGCCCCGGGCCGCGGGCCCGAGAUGCAGCUCCCGGCUGGAGUUUGCCGCCGCCUCCGCCGCCGCCGCCUCCUCCGAGGAGCCCGCCUGGCAGGGAGCCGCGGGUUGGCCCGAAGGCCGCCUUCCCCAGCCUGGCCACUCUGACUGCCGCGUUCCUCCCGGCCCAGGAAGCCGAGGCCCGCCCCCCUCGGGGGCCCCCCGCGCCCCGAGCCUCGCUGCUGAGCCAGCUAGGGUGUGGGGAGGCCACGCCGGGUGCUUGGCCCCAAGCCAAGACCCCCCCGGGGGUGCUGCCAGCCCCGCCCCUCGCCCAGCAGAGCCCCCCAACGGCAGCGGCCGGCGCGCUGGGGCUGCAGUGGCUGCCCGAGCUGUACCCGGCCUACCUGGGGCUCGGGGUGCUGCCCGGGAGGCUGCAGUACUGGGACCUGGUGGCGCUGAGGCCGCCCCUCGUCAGUCCCCAGGGCGAGAGCCACUCUCAGGUUCCUUUGUUGGGAAGAAGCUGGACCGGUCUCAGGAGCCUGGAACCCGCCGGCCUCACCCCCUCCAACCUCUCUCUCACCAGUCUCUUGGCCGCAGUUCAAAGAGGCUGCCUCAAGUGCGGCACGUCCGUGCGCAGCGGCGUGGGCAGCGUGACCAUGCUCUUCACCGGCUACUUCGUCCUCUGCUGCAACUGGAGCUUCAGGCACCUGAAGCUGCGCUGGCGGAAGUGACGGGCAGACGUCAUCGUGAUCCCUCGAGAGCCCCAGGGGACAGCGUCCUGAGCCGCAGAGGGCGGGCCAGCGGGCAGGGAGAAUAAAGGCGUCCAGCCUCGGCCCGGGAGACUGCUUGUGUGUCCGUCGGUGCCUGCCCCUGCCUGCGUGUCUGUCUGCGUCACGCUCGGCAGUGACCGGGAGAGUGUCCAGUCCAGCAGGAGGACGCUUGCCUGCACACGGUCAACCCGGGGUCAAUCCCCGGCACCCCGCAGCGUCCCCCGAAACCCACCGGGAGUGUCCCCCCGCCCCCGCUGCCCCGUGCGCAGAGCCAGGAGUGAGCUUCGAGCUCCGCCAGGUGUGGCCACCAGAACCAAAGCCAGUAUUUCACAAAUGGCCCCCAGGCGACAGGGGCAGAGCCUGGACUGGUGGCCACUGCCCACACUGUUGGCCAGGAACUUGCAUAAUCCUGCUUCGGGCCUUCCCUUUGCCAGCCCGUCUUCCACCCGUUGUGCCCCCGUGGUCCAGGGGUUUGGGGUGAUGGAGAUGGAGGUGGGUGUCGUGCUCAAGCAUGCACGGGCCACCAGGCUGCUGAGAAAAAGCUGUCCCUGCACCGCCCCUCAGGCCAAGUGCAGCGGGCACCUUCGGGGGGCCCGGGGCCUGCCCACCGGUGCUCAGGAGCAUUUCACUGUUUGUGGUGGCCUGCAUCUCGUGUCCUCAGCUCAACACCGAAAGCACAAACGCCAUCACAGUGACCUCUGUCCCGGAACAGGGUCUCUUCCCCGGGGGGAGUGCUCGGAGGAGUGUGGUCUUCCCGGAGGCAGCUCUGCAGGGUCGGUGCUGAGAGUCCCAGCUGGCGCGUCCUGUCCCCAGGGUGGCCCAAAAAAGAAAACUAAGGGAUCACCAGAGCCUGGUAUCGGCUCUGCCCGCUGCUGCCCCUUGGGGCCAGAGGUACGGGGGUGCGGCUUGCCCAGCCUUGGAGGAGGGCCAUCGGUAACCGUGGCUUCCUCCCUGGGUUGCUAGGGAGGCUCUCCCCUGGCCGUGCAAACCUUAAAGUGCCUUGGGAGGACGCUGUCGCCUUGCCCGUGUGGGGUGGUGUCCUGGCAGUGCCCGUUGUCUCCACCCGAGGCUGGGUCGUUCGACUCCUUGCCCCGGAAUCAGUCAGUCGGAGGCUGCCUGCGGAGCGUCCCGCAUCCCGACCCGUUCAAAGAGCCUCCGUCCUUCUCUCUCAGGGCCCGACUUGGCCUGAGCAAGGUGGUGGCAGUGUGCGGGAAAGGUGGCCCGGGGGUCCCCAAGCACCCAGACAAGUGGCAAGACCUGCCCGGCUCUGUCCUGGACAGAGACCUCCAGCCUGGGUCCUGUGCACGGCGGCUGGUGGGCCUCGUGCUUGCCCAGCCCCCAGGGUCUUGUGGGAAGGACUGACUUUCUGGGGGGAAAUCCGUCUUUCAUACUGGAGAGCUGCCGCGCUGUGGGAAAUACUGGGACUUUUCUUCUCAGACGGGAGUGACUCAGCGAUGAGCAGGUGCCUGGCACAUGCGAGGUCCUGGGUUCAAUCCCUGACGCCACAAAAGUUGGAAAGACCAAUAAAGUGAUUAUACACUAGA